UUUUUAGUUUAUGGUUGCCAUUUUGUAUUGCGAAAACGACGCUUCUAUACCGAAAUUAUAAUCAACGUUUCCUGUUUUUCUAAUUUGAAUUACAUCAUAUAUCAUUUUCUAGACAUAAUAUCUAUGUGAAUGUAAAUAUAUAUUUGUGGCAAGUGUAAGAUGAAUUCAACGGUGUCUGAUGAUUUAACCCGAGAAAACUUAGCGAUAGAAGCAACUAAGUGUUUUAAAGAAAUCUUCGUUAAUAACAGAAACAUAACAACUUUACACAAAGAGUUGUUAGAAAUAAAUCUUUCAGUCACUGCCUAUAUCGAGGAAAGUAAAAAACAUUUAAAAACUCUCCGAUUGGACUGGGCACACGAGGCUAAAAAUUCUCAUCAAGUGGUUGAUAUUCUGUCGGAGAAAUAGUUAACAAUGUCCUCCCCACCAACACCACGUAAAAGAAAUCCAAGAUCUAUAAAAAACACACACGAAAGUAACAACAAUACAAACAACAAAUUCUCAGAGCGACAGCAGGCCAGGACAUUUAUACUAUGGUACAAACGCAUGAUUGACAAUGAGAGACAGAGUUUAGCACUCUAUCUGGCUGAUGAUGCCAGUCUAGAAUGGUUUGGGAGAACAAUAAAGACCAGAAAGAAAGUCACAUCAUUUUUAAAACAUGAUAUGCAGUGUUCAAGGCAUGAUUUUACUUCUGUGGAGAGUAUUGAACAGAUUCAAAACAGACAUGACCGGCUACCGAGAAAAGAUGAAGCUGAAUUGGCUAGUCCAUUACAUUCACCUGAAGUGAUAAAACCUGAAAGACCUGGUAAAAGACGACUAAGGUCCAAUUGUAACAGUCCUGAGUGGGCCGAGGGAUGCCAGCCUCAAAAAGAAAUAGUAGUUGAAAAUAAAAGAUCAAAACUGAAUCAUGAAAUUGACAGUACAAAGCUAGAACAUCCAAGCUUAAAAAGGCCAUAUCCAGAUGAAAGUCUUGAAAUCAGUCACAAUGGUGAUGGCAUCGGGCAACAAGUGAAAAGAAAAUGUGUAUCCAUAACACCACCAAACCAAGAGGUGGGGCAAGGAGACUGCCUCCCAUCCACUAGUGGGACUGAUUCGGACAGGUCACAUGAUGCUUUGAAUGCUCAGUUGCCCAAAUUAGCAGUAGAAUGCAAUGGUUAUAUUGAAUUCACAAGAACUAGAAACAAUCGCAGCUCGGAUUCUAUGAAAUGGGAAAGAAAAUGCAAAUUACAAAUAAGUUAUUCAGAAGAUCCUUUAAAUGUUGGUGAAUAUAUUAUAUGGGCUGUACGAUAUAUUGAUGAAAGUAAAUGUAGACGCAAUUUGCUGGCUGCUUUUGAAGAAGCUGCCAGAGAGGAUGGACUGAAAAAUAUAUAAUGUUAUUUUCUCCUAAUUAAUGUUGACUCCUUUUUGGGAUAGUUUCAUAGCAAAGCUGGACUACUGCAAUGAAUAAUUUAAUACUAUGUGAUAUAUUUUUGUAUGUUAUAUAGCAUAUAUUUUUAUGUACUUUUAUCUUAUACACAUUGACCAGGCUGUACCUCCAAGUAUUAUAUCAAUUUACAUAGACUGUUAUUUUUGUACAUGUAAUGUUCAUUGUUAUUGUGUAUUGUCAGCUUUAGAUUGUAACAGCCGUCUUUGCUUUACUUUUGUCCCUGGAAUUAAUUUUACAUCUUCUGCAUGCUUUAAACUGUCUGUAAACUAUUGCACAAGAUCUGUUUUAUUCCGCGUUUCGCCAUACCACCGACUUAUUUAUUAGGUAUAGUUUUAUACACUAUAGGUUAUAGUAGAUUUAGUUACGUCGCAAAUGUUUAAGUUAGCGUUAUUUCUAUUCUCUCAGUCAUUCCUAUUGAUUGCUAUUGUCUUUCAAUUUGUGAUGUUUGCUGAAUUCAAUUUGUGCCACUGCCAUGAUUGUGAACAAUGGAAUUAUUGAGUAUAUCGCAUCUAUACUACAAUAAUUAAACAUUGAGUUAGCAACAUUAUAAAGCAACACUAGAAAUGCAAUAUUUCAUGAGCUUUUUCCUAGUUCUAAUACAGUUAAUAUAAUGAUUAUGUAGUACAAGUAUUCCGAAAGUUGACCCAGUGAUAAUAGAAGUGUUUGACCAAAGUUCGAUUUCUAGACGAAGCUGAUAAAUAGGCGAUUGUCACAACCUUCGGCUAAAAGCGAGGACUUAAAAACUCAAGAGUUUUAGUUCAAGACUGGCUACAAGCUACAAUGUUACCUUACAUUGCUUCUUAACACACUAUAUAAUAAAUGCGAAUGUUCGUGGAAAUGUUUGUUAGAAGUAAAUGUAGUAACUA